AUGCAGGUCAUUAUGCAAUGUUGCUUUCUACCAUGUAUUAACGAGUGUACUCUUAACAUUAUUAUGCUACUGAGUUCAUCCAGUUUUGACCAUUUUCUUGUUCAGAUAUGCUGUUACUUCAUUUCCCAAUCGGCUGAAGGCUGAAAAAAGCCGCAUCAGUCAACACUCUCCACAGAUAGGCAUAAUACAUAAUUAUACACUUACCAGGAAACACAAGGACCAUCAUUUCCAAUGCGGUACGAUGCUAGAAAUCCUCUACUGCAAUAAUCUCUGAAAUUAGAUGCAAGAGUAAUAGGCCCAGAGCAGCUCCCUUGGGUGUAGCAGAGGAGAAACCCAC